AUGGUACCAUGUUCUACCGCUGAAGCACUCAUUGAUGAUCGUGCUGUGGCGAUGGUACCAUAUUCUGCCGCUGAAACACUCAGUGAUGAUCGUGCUGAUGCAGUUGUACAUUUGGACUGUUCUUCGUCCAUGUUGUGUGCAGGUAGAAAAUCAAUCGGGAACGCCCUACGUACAUCACAGUUUGCUGUAAAUAAGCGAAAACUAUCAGAACAACGUAAAAAUUGUAACCAUUUUGCUCAACUUAUACACAACUACUCUAGCCUGAAUAUCAAAAGUAUCAUGAAACGAUUGAACCUUUCUAAAGGAGAACUGAAAGCUGAAAUUAUUGUUUUUCAAAAUUUAGCAACUACAACCAGCGCUCACCCAACAAGCACUAGGUCAACCACAACAACAACAUUUGCUUGUCCAACGAAUUACUCAAGUCUUAAUGCUGCAUAUAAUACACUUCUCUCAUCAUCUCCCGCCGCAACAGGAGCUUUUGAUACAAAUAUUGUUGUAAAUGGUGACGGAGAAACCGGUGUUUGUGAAACAAGUUUUGGCUCAAAAUCUCCACUCGGCUGGACGACAAGCGGACCUAUAACACAAGUAUCUUACAUCAAUCCAACCUAUGGUAAUUUAUCAUUUUCUGAUCCCGGACCGACGUAA